CAUCUUAGUGUAGUCUUUAUUGAAAAUGAAUCAAUCAAAUAAGAAAUAAAAGAAUAAUACUCACAUAUUACAUAUUGUUGGUAUAACCAGGGACAGACUGACAACUCAUGGGGCCCCUGGGCAAUAGGGAUCAUGGGGCCCCUGUGUCCUUGCCCAAACUCAAAAAAGCCUAUGAAAAAGGUACCAGGGGUAUCUUAUGGGGCCCCCUACUGACCUUGGGCCCUCGAUCAGUGUCCGAGUUUCCAAAUGGUUAGUCCGCCCCUGGGUAUAACAUAUUAA